UCGCCGACGGCAUUCAUGACUUUCGAAGAUGAGCACAGUCGGGGGAGUCGCCUCCACGAAUAGGUUGUGGAAUAUGCUGGGGAGCUUUUGGGCAAUUGGGGCUCAUGAAAUGAACCCUCUUCAUCAACGCUGAUCAAGGUUUAGAAGGGCUGGUUGUCUUUCACAUCUCGACAUUAGGAAACAAUCAGUCACUGCGAAGAGUUACCGAUUUAUGGCACCUAAAUUCAACACUUACUUAUAAUGCAAUUUUUACAAAGCUAAGCAUAUUUGAGGAUGGUUUUGAGUACCCGAGAAGUUUUUGCGUUUAGUUGCGCGGGCUAUGGGAUAGAAGAAACCUGGAGAAUGAUGAGGGCGCCGAAUUCGGACAGACAAGAUUCCCAAGACUCAUCCAGUUUAAUUCCCGGGCAUCUCAACUGAGUCCCCUUCCCGUUUUCUGUGUCAAUCGCCACGUACAGGCUCUGCCCAAUUCCACUGCGGACGUUCACAGCAAUUCCUGCUUCAACCGAGUUGUCUGUGAGUUCGGUCGGACGCUUUGGUCUGUAAUUUGGAAGUGACUGCACGGUGUAAUUUGGUUCCUGGAGCAACUUUUGAAUGUAGCAGAAUUGGUCAGUUUUGUGGGUUCGUUUGAUUGAUGGUUGGUUACCAGUUUUGGAUUACUUUGGUGAUAUAUUUUUGAUGAUCGAUUGAAAAUGGUGGGAGGCAGUAGUGGUGUCGGUGCUGGAGAUCUCAAUUGUUGGUUUGAUAGUUUUGCGCUCAGAUUACAAGGAAAGAUUCGCUCAAGCUCUGUAGCGUUUGAAUUUGGUUCCACCACCUCGAGGGGGCUCGGCUCUGGAUUCUUUCGUGAAGUUCUUUAAUUUGGCGCUCGGUUCAAUUUUUCAGACACCAAUAAGCAAUCGCGUGUUCGUACAUUGUUCGCUCACAAAGAACUUCUACAGUCUGUGUUUCAAUGACUUUUGGAGUGUUUUCUCCGGUUUUGUUAGCACGACUUCGACGGAAUUCGACAGGGUUAUCAGCUCUUCUUUAGAACAGAUAGAUUACACUGCAAAUGUUCUUGCAAGAUCACCGUAUUUUUGUACCGUUUUUGGAGGGUGAAUCGUUUCACCUCUGAAAGAUAUUCGAGCUCUGACAUCUGCUUUGAAAGGUGAUCGAGCUGAAGAGCAGAUGUUAGUUUGUAGGUUGACACCUCUGCAUUGCUCGCCCAGAUGUUACAUAAACUUUCAAGUCACAGGCGCAUGAGUUAAUUCCAAUCCGAUGAAGACUAUUGUCGAAUUCUCCAAGUGCUUGAGAUUAUUAGGUCCAGAUUCAACCCGGGAGUGUUGCAAGAAUUGGGGGUUUUAGGAGCGCUGUUCAUGGAAAAAUUCUCCACGGAAGGUGGACAUGUAUCGGACUGUACUAUCGGCUACCAUUUUCGGUGAAUGUUAGCAUCAUGAGGGUUUCCAAAUCAUCAAUCACUCUCCUUACUGACUGGAUUUGGUUUUUAUCCCUGACGCACGAAAUUGUGGGAUGAAUUUCUUGAAACUGGUAUAAUCAAUAUCACGUCGGUUUCAUUCGAUGGAAAUGGCCGCUAUGGGUCAAUGCAGUGGCGAUGAGGUGGACAGAGAUGACCCGCUGCUGAUCACCACAGUGCGAGCAAGACUCAACAGAGAGAGGAAGGUCAAGAAAGUUGGGCGAAAAAUUGUGAAAGAGUUGGUGAGAGAUGACAAUGAAAGGGCAGAUGCGGAUAAUUCGCAGGAGGAACAAGGCAUGCUGAGCCCUCGAAGGUAUCAACAACAAGCCUUCGAAGCAGCAUUAAACAAGAACACUAUAUUGUAUUUAGAGACCGGAUGUGGGAAAACGCUUGUCGCGGUGCUAUUGAUAAAAUCUCUCGCGAAGAAUACGAGAUUGGAAAACGACAAGCGCUUGAUUGUGUUCCUUGCACCCACGGUUAUUCUAGUUCAACAACAAGCGCGUGUAAUCAGAAUUCAUACCGAUUUAAACGUGGGUGAGUACUACGGCUCCAAGAAUGUGGAUACCUGGAGCCGUGCAGAAUGGCAAACCCAGAUAGCUGAAGUUGAGGUCAUGGUGAUGACACCACAGGUCUUUCUGAACAACUUACAACACGGUUUCUUGAAGAUGAACAUCGUCGAGCUUCUCAUUUUCGAUGAAUGCCAUCAUGCUCAUAAAAAUCACGCCUAUGCCCAGAUUAUGAAGGGUUUUUAUCACGUUAAUGUAGAUAAAGGGCGAUUGCCGAGGAUCUUUGGUAUGACUGCAUCGCCUGUGACAAAAAAGGGGGUGAAAUCAUCUAUCGGAGCUGCUGAACAACUCUUUGGGCUAGAGGACUUGCUUAAAUCUGAGGUCUUCGCAUUCAAAGACAGAGAGGAGAUUGAGUUCGUAGUUCCUACUGCAAUUACUGUUGAGGAGUACUAUGAUGCACCAAAUCUGGACAUCCUUGCACCAUAUAAAGAAGAGAUAGAGGCGCUGAUAAUUAAAUUUGAGAAAGCUCACACCGAUGCUGUGGCCAGCGUGCAAGCUGAGUUUAAAGAUCAAACCGAGUUUAUUUAUAAGCUCAAGGAGAGGGCUAAUCGAUUUCAUCGGGAUGUUCAAUUUUGCUUGGAGGAACUUGGUUUGUGGUGUGCAUCCAAGGCUGCAGAAUAUUUGUUCAAAGUUGACAAUGGCCUUGAGGGGUUUGGGGAGGCUAUACAAGCUUUCAAACGUAACCUAAAUCUCUUUAUGAGAGAAACGUGUGGUUUAUUGAAAUCAGCUGUACCUGAAGGGUGGACUGCUGCUCAGACGGCAGAAGAACUUCAGGAUGCUGUAAGCAAAGGAUACUUGACUCCAAAGGUCUAUCAUUUGAUAGGGGUUUUGUUCCACAAAAGAUCAAUGAAGGAUGUAAAACGCAUAAUAUUUGUGGAGAGACGAAUGGCUGCUGUAGUUCUUGCCUACUUAGUGAAUGACUUGCAAUGUCUCCGCGAAAAUUUCCGCUCAGAAUCAAUCUGCGGAGCAAGUAUUGGACCACAUACUACUCGGAGAGAACAGCAAUGCACCAUGACUGCGUUUAAUAAAGGAGAGAUCAACCUGCUGGUAGCCACUGAACUUGCAGAAGAAGGCAUUGACGUCAAAAACUGUGGUGAGGUGAUACGAUUCAACCUACCAAAAACUCUUCGUAGCAACAUACAAUCUCGUGGACGUGCCCGUCGGUCUGGGUCUACUUAUAUCGUGUUCUUGGAAAGGGGUAAUGGGGCACAGAGAGAUCAAUUUUCGAAGAUAAAACAAAGCGAGUUGUCUGUGAGAGAUGAGGCUAUUUCUCGAGUGCACAUACAUGCUAGCAGCGCACACAACAGCUGUUUGCCAAUAUGUGAACCACUUAAGACUUACCGAGUUGAUUGCACUGGCGCCUCUGUCAACACUGAAACAAGCAUUGAACUUGUCAACCGGUUUUGUUCCAAGUUGCCGCGUGACGAGUCUUACACUCCAAAAGCAGAGUAUUUGUCUCAGAAGGUAGGCUUACUUUAUAAAUGUGACAUCAAGUUACCGUUUGGUUCUCCUAUUUAUGAAGUACUCGGGGAACCACAAAGAACCUCUCGACUAGCAAAACAAGCAACUGCAUUAGAAGCAUGUACACAGUUGCAUAAAGCAGGAGCACUUGAUGAUAAUUUAUUACCUUCAUUGGAUUUCGAAUUGGCUGCCGAUGUAGAAAAGAUUAUGCAACCGAAGAAUUCCUCUGGUUUUGGUACCACGGCGCAAAAGGAACUUCAUUCUGUUGCAGAAGCGGAAGCCUUCACUGGCCACUGGCACACUAGCAGCAGUGGUGCAGUAUUGUUUGCCUACUAUAUGUCAUUUGAUAUUCAUCCCGUUGAAGAUGAGAUGCACGCAAACUUCGUGUUGCUUAUCGGAGCUGCCCUUGAUGAUGAUGUUUCAAAGUUAGAGAUUGAACUAUGCUUGACUCGGGGAAGAAAAGCCAAAGCUAAACUUUCACCACUAGGACGUACUACACUCACAGCUGAUCAGUUGAGUAAUGCCAAGUUAUUUCAGACUAUACUGUUCAAUGGGAUGUUCAGUAAGAUGAUUCAACCUGUCCAGGAAAACAGGAAACGCAAACGAGAGUCUGCUAUAUCGUCCUUUCUUACAGAGAGGAUGGGUUUAUGGAAAUCAAAUAAUGCUUACCUUCUCCUACCAGCUGUAUUGGAGGGAUCCAAUGAUGUUGGCACUUUAGCACCAAUCGAUUGGAAGAUCAUCCAAGCCACGUCAAGUGUUGUGAAGAACUUGGUCCUGCCUGAGGAUCCGGACUUCAAGCAUUCUCAACCACGUAAGAGAUUUAAAUUCCUUGAAAUACUUACGCGACCUUUCAGCUUCGUACGAAGGAAACCCCCCGUAAAUUGCCUUACCUUCGCUGGAAAUCACCAAGUUGCCACUUCGGAACUCGUAGAUGUUGCAGUGUUGACUGGUCACACAGGGAUAAUAUACCCUGUCCUUCGUGUUCUCCACGACACGACUGCUCAUAGUCAGUUUCCUGGAGAAAAAAAUAGAGAAUUCAAGACCUAUGCUGAAUUUUUCAAAAUCAAGCAUGGACGCAUGUUGGAACAUCCAAAUCAGCCCCUGCUUCAACUAAAGCAAAACCACCGUCCUCACAAUUUGCUUCCUGCAGAUGCCGGAAAAAUUGAAGGUCCCACGGGUGCAAGAAAGAUGAAAAAAAUUCAGAAAACGGAAGCGACUUUGGUGGAAGCACGUAGUGUCGAAGAGGACUUCGAAGUCUACAACAUGAAGGAUCAAGCAAACAGUUCACUCAGUGAAGUUGAAAAAGUGGUUUCAAAGGCGACAAUGCAAUCUACAUCAGUGGAAAUGCCGCCAGAGUUGUGCGUGGUUUUGAAGUUCUCGGCAGCCAUAGUACGCUCUGCAUAUUGGCUACCAUCUGUUAUGCAUCGCAUUAAGUCUGUCGUGCUUGCCUCUCAACUGCGACGGUCAAUAGAUGCUCCCAAAAUACCCGUGAUGGAGGUCCUUAAGGCACUUACAACAACCCGUUGUAACGAAAACUUCAAUAUGGAAGCCCUUGAGUUGUUUGGGGAUUCCUUUCUGAAAUAUGCCGUGAGUCGAAAACUAUUUCUUGAGUCAAGUACAGCUAACGAAGGAGUUCUGUCCACAAGGCGUAUACGCAGUAUUUGCAACGAAGCCUUGCACAAAUUAGCUGUCGACCGAGGACUAUCUGCAUAUAUUCGUGAUUGUCAGUUUGACCCUAGCCGCUGGGCUGCGCCAGGCAUGUUGGCUGCGAAGCGGGUUAAUUGUCAUUGUAAAGAGGAUAAUUUGUUGAAACCAUUCAAAUCCACCACUUCCAAGGUUACGGGUGUCUUUGGUAACGAGUUACUUAAGGACAAAAUUCAGACAGAGACAAUCAAACCACGGAUAGGGCUGACUUGCGACAAAGGGCAUCGUUAUCUCUGCUCAAAGACAAUAUCAGAUGUGACGGAAGCUCUUAUAGGUGCUUACCUUGAAUAUGGUAGAAACUGCGAAGGUGCCUUAAAAUUCAUGACUUGGGCUGGCAUAGACGUGCAUUUUGAUUCCAAGUUGAUGGAGGCUGCAAGUAAAGCGUCACCGGUAGACUUGAGCUAUGAUUAUGGGGAGGAUUUGAAAGCUUUUGAGAAAAGGAUAGGAUACACGUUUAAGAAUAAAUAUCUUCCAUUAGAAGCACUGACGCAUUUUUCCAACAUGGUUGGCGAUCAAAUUCGCUGCUAUCAGAGACUUGAAUUCCUCGGAGACGCUGUGCUAGACUUUCUAUUGACACGACAUCUGUUCACAUCGCAUCCUACCUCGACCCCUGGACUCUUGACUAGUUUGCGAACGGCAUCAGUAAACAACGAGCGUUUUGCGCGGGUAGCUGUUAAACAUAGGUUACAUUGUUAUUUGCGGCAUGGAUCUGGACGGCUUCUGCAUCAGAUUGAAGAAUUUGUCAAGUCUUUCGAGGCAGCUGAUGAUGAUCAGAAAAAUAGUUCAUUUGGAUUGAAUGGACUCGAAGCUCCGAAGGUUCUUGGUGACUUGGUAGAGAGUAUCGCGGGAGCUAUUUUAGUCGACACUUGCUUUGAUCUUGAUAAAGUGUGGGCAGUCAUGAUGCCUCUGCUUGAGCCAAUUGUCACUCCAGCCACGCUUGACAUUCAUCCUGUGACCGAACUUGAGGAACUUUGUAUGAGCAAAGGAUACUCUAUUAAAUAUGGAGUACAUAAAGAAGAUGAAUGUAAUUCAAGAGCAAUAUAUGAGGUCCAAAUCAGUGAUGAGCUAUUCUUUCGUGGAGAAUCAUGUAAGCCCAAAAAGAAGACAGCUAAAAAAGAUGCUGCUGUGAAAGUAUUAGCAAAACUUAAGAGACACGCAUGUGAAGACAAAUUGGGGCACGAGAUUGUCAACUGCAAACAGGAAAUUGAGACUUGUGAAGCACUGGGUAACUCAAAUUCAACAAACACAGCACAAGUAUUACCCAACGAAAAGAAAGAGCCUAGUUCUGCGAUAUCUACUUCCAGUCGCGGUGUUUUUGAUGACUGCAGUCAGACACACAAAUGCAGAGACAUACCUGAAAAGGAGAUCAUCGGCUGGGAUCAAAAACUUGCGUCUUGUGAAGUAUUGGCAAACUUUCCACCUGCAGACAUGUCACAAAUAAUCUCAGACGAAAAGUCACAACUUUGUUCCACUCCUAGUACCGUAGUCAGCGAAUUAGGUGAGGGCCUGCAAGGUAUAGAAGUUAGGACUAGAAUGUUACCUACGGUUGGGCUGAGCAUACAAACUGAUACGGAGUCACUUAGUAACACUACUCAAACUAAGAACUCGUCUUUGGUUACGGAAACUUGCACAAUGCUCGCGACAACUUGGGGUGGACUUCAGCCGAAAGGACAUAAUAGGUCUGAGAAUGGUUCCGUCGAAGAUGCCAUAGCUGCCCGGCAUGAUGUAGGUGAAGGUCCUGCUAAACUACACAUGUCUGCUUCUAAGCACGAUUCGGACAAAGUUCCUAAAGUUUUGCCAAUUCCAGCAGCUGAGGAUUUGAUUUCAACCAAUACUUUAAUUGCGAUUCAAGAGCUCAGUAAGAAUACACUGUCGGAGAAGAGGUUGGAAUCUGAAGAUGAUGGCAACAGGUCAUCCAAAAUGCCAAAAUAUUACUGGUCGCGAGAAGUGGCAGUGACGAACUCUGGAACUAUUUCAGAUUCUUCUACAGUAUUGCAUUCCACGAGCCACAACCUCGUUAAGCCCUCGGAUGAGGUAACGAAUUUAUUGGAUUUUUGCCCAUGGACAGCAGCAUUGCCUUCAGGAAGUAGUAUCUGUGAAGUUCAAAGCCAGACCACAACUUCCGCUAAACCCCACGAUGUUGUGGACGUAUUGAAGGGUGACGGAAUCAUGUCUUCCUUUCAACCAAGAAGUCCAGUUCGUGCGAAUGACUCAAAGCUGUCUAAUUUGCAUACGAUACAAGGAGCGAAGUGCAGUAGCAAACCUGUGCGAGCUGCCCCGGCAAAUUGCAGACAACAUCUGAAUGAACUUCGCAUGAAGAACAAGUGGCUCAGCCUAGCAUUUAAAUUGAUAAACGAAGAAAGCACACAUAAUGUUCCAAGAAUGUGCAGAUUCAGGUUUUCCUUGACAGUCGACACGGGGAAAGAGAGGUAUGAAAGCCAAGGAGAAGCUAAAUCUGGUAAAAAGCAGGGUCAGGAAUCUGCAGCAUUAGCAAUGUUAACUAUCUUAAAGCAGAAUGGUGUUGCUAUAUUUGAUUGAGUAGUGUGCAUUGCUCGUGAAAUGAGAGCUUAGUUGUUCUGUGAAGUGUUGCUUAUGUAAUCUUGUAAUUUAAGUUUAAAAAAUUACAUUAUAUUCCAUUACUUCUGACCCUUA